AUGAUGUCAGGAAAGCAUUUUAAGGCUCACGAAGUGAGCUGCUGCAUUAAGUAUUUCAUUUUCGGAUUCAACAUCAUAUUCUGGUUCCUUGGAGUAGCAUUUCUUGGCAUCGGAUUGUGGGCAUGGAGCGAGAAGGGUGUUCUUUCCAACAUCUCAUCAAUCACAGACCUGGGAGGCUUCGAUCCAGUGUGGCUCUUCCUGGUGGUUGGUGGUGUGAUGUUUAUUCUGGGAUUCGCAGGCUGCAUUGGAGCACUGCGUGAAAACUCUUUCCUGCUCAAAUUUUUCUCUGUGUUCUUGGGGAUCAUCUUCUUCUUGGAGUUGACGGCAGGAGUCCUGGCCUUCGUCUUUAAAGACUGGAUUAAGGACCAGCUGAACUUUUUUAUCAAUAACAACAUUCGGGCGUACAGGGAUGAUAUUGAUCUGCAGAACCUGAUCGACUUCACACAGGAAUAUUGGGAGUGUUGUGGUGCUUUCGGAGCUGACGACUGGAAUUUGAACAUUUACUUCAACUGCACAGAUUCAAACCCAAGUCGCGAGAAAUGUGGCGUGCCAUUUUCCUGCUGCACCAAAGAUCCAGCGGAGGACGUCAUCAACACUCAAUGUGGAUACGACAUCCGAGCUAAAACUGACUCUGAACAGAGGACAUUCAUCUACAUCAAAGGGUGUGUCCCACAAUUUGAGAAGUGGCUUCAAGACAACCUGACAGUGGUGGCAGGCAUAUUUAUUGGGAUUGCAUUGUUACAGAUUUUUGGCAUCUGUCUAGCACAGAAUUUGGUGAGCGACAUUGAAGCAGUAAGAGAAAGUUGGUAG